GCUUGAUUUGUGAGUGUGCUUUUUAUGAUGGUUGUUCACAAAUCUAAAGACUCUUUUCUUAAAAUGUGCAUAGCAAAGAACUACAUCAGACCCAGUUGUCAGGUUGCAGUUGUCAGCAAUUUAGGCAGGUUCACAGAAAUGGGGAGGGGUACAGGACGUACAACUUCUACAGAGCACAUCAUGGUUUCCCCCCAGGCCUGUGACGUCAUUUGUUUCUCAUUGGACUGAACCUUGAGGUUUGUGUAGUGGAAAAACGUACAGCCCCACUGGUGGAGCACACCUUAUAAAGUGGACGGCAUCAGUGAGGUGAUCAAACUCAAGACGACCUGCCGCUGACAACACAACAAAAUCUACUGACUAACAACAACCAAAGACUCCAACAUGAGGAUUCACUGCAUCUUCAUCGCCUGUCUCGCUCUCUUCGCCCUCUGCUCACUGGCAAGCACCCAAAACGCUCAAGGUCCUGAUAAAUGCUGCUUUUCUUUUACCAAUAUGAAAAUUCCUGUAAAGCAGGUUGUCGGUUACCAUACAACUCAUUUUGAAUGCCACAUGAGUGGAAUCAUUUUCAUCAUGAAAUCUGGAAAGGAGAUCUGUGCUGACCUGAACGAAAGAUGGGUUCAGAAACUGAAGAGCCGAGUGAAUGCUCGUUUAACCUGAAAGAAAAGACAGAGGCUGGGUACACUGUAAAAAAAUUCCGUAGAAAUCGCAGCUGGGUUGCCG